AGAGCAGAGCAGAGCAGAGCAGAGGACCCGCGAUAGCCACCUAGCCACCUCACUUCACCCCGAGCAUUUGGCUUUUCGUGCUCUUCACGACUUAUGACCAGCAGAACAGAGACACCACCAACCAUCUACCUUAGUCAGAAUUGGCCGUGAACCGACGUUCAUCGCCUCUACGAUCCACCACCGCCUACUUCAGCUCCCGAAUUCAACCUGACGUCUCAACACCCGCUCGACAGGCUCGGAAAUCAGUCCUCGGCUUGAUUUCUGCUUCUGUCACUUCCCGCCGUUGGUGAAGCUGGCGACGUCUACCCAGGUAGAGUUUGCGCUCUCAAGAUCCGGAGAUCUACCACUUCUGUCCAAGGACCUCGACGGUGCCGCAACGUACAGCAAUUCUUUUGCCAAUCUGGAUCUUGUGAACCUGGCUAGGGAAAUCCUGGGUCAGGGCAGCAGCGAAGGAGCCGGAAACCAGACCGAAAGCUCUUCGGCAAAGAUGUCUACAGAAGAGAAAAGCACGGGAGCUCAAGCUCAGAACGAGUCUCCAACAUCGAGAUUCACUGCAGUGAACGGCAAGGAGCAACCUGCCCCAGUCGUUCCAGCAAAUGGGACAGGCUCGAAUGGCGCCUCAAGGCGAGGAUCCGACGAGAGAUCAAAUGGGCAGCCGAGAAUCUCACCUCCAGGACAAGAGAAACUAACAAUUACUACCACAACAACAAGCCAGAGAGAGGAUUGGACUCAACCACCGAGUGGAGACCGACACCAGUACCAACCUCCAAGCGGGGGAUAUUCUGAAGCAGACACUUCUCAUAAGCGCAAGAGGUCUGGUUCAAUAGACCAGAACUCGUCUUCUGCAAAUUCUUACCACACACACGCCAUUCCUUCCUCCACAAAGCAGACGCCCACGACAGCCACGACAGAGUCCGAUAUCCCGCGAGAGGAGAGCCUCAAAGCACCAUCACAAUCUGACCAGCGCGACUCGUAUGAGGCUGGUGCUCAGUAUCGUCAGUUUCUUGCCAAUGAGGAUGCUCGCGAUUCCGGUGCUCACCAUGAUCACUGGCAUGCUCGUCAGUACUCUGGUCAGUCUCAUAUGACAUCGGAUGAGCAAAUAGGCGAGGCCUUGCAAAGAGCGUCUCAGAACAUGGAUGCCCAGCAGCGUGGUGGGUACCAAAGCCCAGGAGACGAUGACAGAUCCGCAAACCCAUAUGGUAAUUAUGGUCACGAUAGAAGAGAGAUGUCUGCAGGUUCCGACCCUAAGAAACGGAAACGGAAUUUCAGCAACCGAACGAAGACCGGUUGUAUGACCUGUCGAAGACGGAAGAAGAAAUGCGAUGAGAAUAGACCGGAAUGCAAUAACUGUUUGCGUGGUGGUUUUGUUUGCUCAGGGUACCAACAACGGGGGCACUGGCCAAAGACAGAACAGAAACAGCCACCAAUUCCACUGCAAUCCAAGACAGAUUAUGAGAAUUCUCCGUACGGCCCAUCUCCAUAUGCUCCACAACACAUUGGACAACCCAGGAGAGAGCCAUUGCCAGGGUAUCGGGGUCAGAGUUUACGAGUUGAUCCUCAACACGGACGACAUAGCGGCAUGGAUGACGAUCAGCCAAGCGCAUCCACUAUUCCCAGUGCCUCCGUGAACAGCCCAGAAAGCAACAGACUUUCUGCCAUCUCUUACUCCCAUCAAAUACCAACACCAAUCACAGCUUCCAGCAGUGCUUACCCUGACAGGCAACCAAAGAAUGCAUACGAGCGUCUCGGACCUCUUCAUGAUGUCUCGAGACAAGAGUCGAGGCAGGAGUCAGAUACUGGAACUCCUCAAUCCGCCUCUUCAACUCUGCCACAGAUCCUACACCCUCAAAUGCACGCCGAAAGUCCCCACACGAACCCUCAAGUUGCGGCACAGCUCGCUCUCUCUAACCUCGCCUCUGCGACCCGGCAGCGUACACAGAAAGAGGAGAUGCUGGCAGGUCACCACUACUUUCCAUUCGACAAGGAGCUAGUUCUCGAACGCGAACGCUGUAAUGGCGCAUGCUGGCGAUUCAACAGCAGCACCAAUCCAAACAAUGGUGUUUCCCCUGAAGAGCGAGCACGCCUCUUCCGAGAUAUCUUACAGCCUCGCGAACACGUCAUUUCUCCCACACAAGCGUCACCAAUUACUCCUGUUGGCCGAGUAGGCGACAAUGUAGUGGUAGAGGCCCCCUUCAACUGCGAUUACGGAUACAACAUCAGCAUUGGCCAGGAUGUUGCAAUCGGGAAAAACUGCACAAUUCUCGACACCUGUGAAGUCAAAAUUGGCGAUAGGUGCAACAUCGGACCCAACGUCAACAUCUACACCGCUACUCUACCAGUUGAUCCGAAACGACGAUUGGGGUCCCGAGGACCAAAUUUGGGAAGGAAAAUUACGAUCGAUAGCGACUGCUGGAUUGGGGGCGGUGUUACGAUUCUGCCAGGCAAGACGAUUGGUAAGGGGAGUACCGUGGGGGCUGGUUCAAUUAUUACAAGGGAUGUUCCACCAUACACAGUCGUUUGCGGCAACCCAGCUCGAGUUAUCCGCGGUCUCUAUCCACCCCACGACAACUAAGCCCGUUUUCGUGUAGGAUACCACGAAGAGCAUGCUACUCGCUCAUCUACGAGUCUCCUUCAUGUACCCAUAACAUACGACAAGACGUCACACAUCACAUUUGACGAACAAAUUUCCAUGGUACAACUCGUCUUCCUCGCUUCACCAAAAUUUCGCUUUAAUAGGCAUCGUCGUCUCCUUGUUUCAUUCGGGGGUUUCCGUUCUUCUGCAUAGCGUUGCUUGCGCUCUCUCAUGUCUAUAUACCAGCUUAGUUAUCCACUUUUUGUUUCUCUGUCCGUUUGUUUCCUAGAUGUAUUUAGCUUAGGUCUCUGCUUCAUUCAUUGCGUGCGGGAGGGAAUUGCAAAAGAGUCGAUGACUGAUUGAUGGAAGGAUGGGAACACGAUGGAACGGUCGGAUCUUGGGCUUUAGGAUAUGGGACAUGAAUCUAGAUGAUUGAUGAUGGGCUCUGGCAGCUCACGCCGAGGAGCUGGACCUAUGAACGCAUGGAUUGGGAUCGAUGGACAGGACUGGACUUUGUAGUUAUACUUAAUGCCGACAGGCGAUAAAAUUUAUUGCUUGAAACACA